UCUCAUUCUCCCUUCAUCGGCUGUCCUCAGCAUCUCCGCUGUGAUGAUGGCAUGUGUGGAUGCUGAUGCGGCGGUGCCCGGGGCCUAACCGACCGGUUAACGGGAAACCCGAGAGACGAGGACGUGCGGGUUGGCCAUUAUGCACCUUUCCUUUAACAGCCGGAUAACUGCUGUUUCUCGUGUCAGUCUGUUUGCUCGCGUGAAACUGAGGAAUGAAGUGCUGCAACCAUGAUGCAAGGAUUGAAAAAGCGUACCCGAAAGGCCUUCGGGAUACGGAAGAGAGAAAAGGACACUGACACCACGGGAUCACCAGACAAAGAGAAAUCUAAAAAAGCCAAUGGUGCACGCAAUGGUUUCUAUGGUGAGAUCGACUGGGAUCGAUAUAACUCUCCUGAUGUGGAUGAUGAGGGCUACAGCGUUAAACCCGGAGAACAAGGAGGAACAGCUCCAAAAGUCCAAAAAAUGUUGUGCUCCUCCAGUGAGUCAGAGGGUGAGGAGGAACAUGAGAAGAAAUUUAAGAUCAAGAUCAAGCCCCUGGCAGCAAAUAGUGGCAGCUGUACAGUGUCCACUAUGGAUGAGCUGAAGGCCUCAGUGGGGACGUUGGCAAUCUCUCCUUCUCCUCUGAGAAAGAGUCCGAGGCGAAGUCCAUGUCCGAUGAAACGAAAUCUGUCAAGUGAGGAGAUUGCCAGACCAAGGCGAUCUACUCCAACACCCACCACAACCCCAGGGCCUGGUUCAGAGACACCCAGAGAAAACACAUCAGCGUUCUUCAGUCCACCAUUUGAGACCAAUUUUGAAGCACACAACUCAGAAGUGUUUACGGUUGAGCCGGAGCUCUGGUCUCAGACUGCCUCUCUCUCUACCGCUGCUCUGAGCAGAUCUCUUCCCACUGGAGCUCCGCCUCCACUUCCUCCAAAGAAUGUGCCUGUUACUCCGCCUGGACGCAGUUCUAGUUCUUUAGGAUCCUCUGGUUAUUAUAGUGUGGUUCCUAGUGUCAGAGGAGACGGCUCAGCCUCGGCCUAUCAGGAUGCUCUGUUAUCAGACCCAGCAGGAGGGGUGUCUAUUCCUAUCCUGGACAAUGUUUUUGGACCUGUUGAAACCCCCAAGUCUGGUUUAGACAUGGUGCAGUGUACCUGGGUGAGCUUCACUGAAGGCUCAAUAGCCAGACCCCCUCCACCAGAUGAGCCCGCACCAUCUCCACCUCUGGCCUCUUCCUCUGCGGACUCAACCCCAACCUCGCCCCUCAAACUCCCGCCACCCUUCUCAUCCCCCCCACCUCUACACCCUAUCCUGCCUCCAGAUUCACCUCCUCCACCCCCACCCACAGAGUCCCCCCUGAGCCCCCCGAUCCUUCCCAGCUGCUUUCAGCUGCCAGAGUCAGACCUCGUCCAGGAGGCGCCCGUUACCCCCACCAGCCCUGGACUACCCUUCAUGCCAGCGGAACUCCCUCCAUAUGGAGCCAUACCUUCUCCUCUUGCCUUAAGAGAUAACAGCAGAAGAACGCCUGAGUUGUCUGGGAUGAGAGAGGAGUUUGCUGUGUUUGGCACAUCACCCAAAGACAUCGCAGCAGGAGGGUUCAGGGGAACGCCACCUCCACUGCCUCCUCCUACCUACAGGAGCGUGUUUGGCUCCCCAGGGCCUGGUAGUGGGCCAUCCUCUCCUGCACGGGCUGGCCCUCCUCUGUCUGCUGGUAGCCCAGUCCCACCUCUACCACCAAGACCAUCUUCAAGACCUAAACUACCACCUGGAAAACCAAACCUAGCAGAUUUGGCUCGUCCCUUCAGUCCUCCAAUCCACUCCUGGAGUCCUCCACCCUUUGCUCCUCUGGCCAGAGCAGAGAGCACCUCCUCCAUCUCCUCUGUCACCUCUCUAAGUGCAGCCUCCACACCCACAUUAGGCCGAGAACUCAACUUGCCUGUGUCAGCAUGUUCCAGAGGUCCGAGCCCCCUCACAAUGGGCCCCCAGGACACUCUACCUGUGGCAGCCGCCUUCACAGAGACCGUCAGCGCCUACUUUAAAGGAGCAGAUCCCACUAAGUGUUUGGUGAAGAUCACUGGUGAGAUGGUGCUGUCCUUCCCAGCAGGAAUCACCAGACACUUCUCCACCAAUCCCACCCCACCAGUGCUGACCUUCACCAUCAGCCAGUACAGUCGACUGGAGCAGGUCCUCCCCAACCCACAGCUCAUCUGCUGUGACACCACGCCACCUACAGGUGACUCAAAGGAGUUUUGGAUGAACAUGCCAAACCUAAUGAGUCACUUGAAAAAAGUAGCUGAGCAGAGACCACAGGCCACGUAUUACAAUGUGGACAUGCUCAAGUACCAGGUGUCAGCUGAAGGGAUCCAGUCCACUCCACUGAACCUGGCGGUGAGCUGGCGUGGUGAUGCCAGCAGCACAGACCUCAGGAUAGACUAUAAAUACAACACAGAGGCCAUGCCCACACCCACACCCCUCACCAACAUCCAGUUUAUGGCAGCUGUGGACGGUGGCGUGAACAAACUGCAGGCCAUGCUUCCACCUGCCACCUGGAACCCAGAGACGCAGAAAAUAGCAUGGAAUAUCUCAGAGCUGUCACAGCGGUCUGAAAAUGGAGGGGUGGGCGCUCUACUGGCUCACUUCCAGUUAGCUGAGGGCCCCAGUAAACCAUCACAGCUCACAGUGCAGUUCACUAGUGAGGGCACCACUCUGUCUGGCUGUGAUUUCCAACUUGUAGGUUCAGGCUACAGACUUUCCCUGAUUAAAAAAAGGUUUUCAGCAGGUAAAUAUUUGGCAGACAACUGACUAUCUGCAGCAAAGGCCGGCUGUGUGGACCGUGAGUGGGAUGUUAGGAUGCUCUUUUGGCACUAAAAAGACUUUGGAUUUUUUUUAAUUAAAAUUCCAGAAGUACUGCACUCAGAAUCUCACAUAUAAUGUCUGGUGUACAAUAUCAUCAGUGUGUGUGUGUGUGUGUUUAUGUGUUUGUGUGUUUGUGUGUGUGUGUGUUUGUGUGUUUGUGUGUGUGUGAAUAUUAGCAAAAACUUUUGUGUAUAUGAUACAACUUCAGGACAAAUGCAAUACUUCGACUUUUCCGAUGGCACAUUCUCUCAUUGAGAAAAUGUCUCUCAAGUGACAUUACAUAGUGUUUUAUUUCCUUAUAAAUGCAUAUGAUUUCACAGUAGUUCUGUGCAAGACUUUCAUUCAGAGUUUGAUCUUUCCCAUAUAGUGGCAACAUAUCGAUCCAUGGUUGUACAGAAUACAAGAAUUAAACAAAAAACAUGGAAAGCAACAGUUUAAAUGAUUUUUGCCACCAUUUUUAACUAAAGAAAUAUUAGCGACCAGAUAUUAACAUGAUACUCAAAAAAAAAAACUAUUAAAGAGAAAUACAGAGACACACAGUUACAUUAGUUUCUGUUCGAUAUCAUCGUAAACUGCAUCAGUGUUCAUUUGUUUUUAUAAAUAAAGGCAUGUUAGAAUGCAUCACUUCUGUCUAGUUGGCCGUUGGAUACUCACUUUUUUUUGUUAAUUUAAGUGUUUAAACUUUAAACUCUGAAAUAGUUCAUGCAAAAAGUGAUGCCAAUAUGUUUUGUUUGUUUGUUUGUUUUUUAUGAUUCAUUUAUUAAAUUGAACAUUCUAGGAAAAUGAGACUCCAUUUGUGUCAGAGAUGCAAAAUUCCUUAAAUUGAAAUCAACUUAAGGAAUUAGUCAUAUAUUUUCCGAUUGGUUUUCCACAGUGUGGAUUUUCUUUUCCCAAAAUGUUUUUCCUGUAGCUAUAUUUAAAGAUAAUAUGUAAAAAUGUAAAAAAUAAAAAAUAAAGAAAUUGUUAUACAUGUAUCCAAAUGGAUAUAGAGUUUCUAUGUAUUGUCAUUGAACAAACUUCAUGUCAAGUUAUUGUUAGUAUUUUAAAUUCAUGACCUGCACUUUAUUUUUAUUUAAUUUAAAAUGUUUGUGAUUUAUUAAAUGCCUAGUUAUGUGGUUUGUAAUGGAUUCUGUACACUUACUAGACCGUUUUUUUAUUGUUAAAUAAGAGUUUUUAACUAUGUAUGGAGAAUCUGAAACAUUUUUCACCUCCUUUAUUUUUUUACUAUGUCAGGAUACUAUGUAUUUCCAGCCAUUUCAUCAUGUCUUGAUUUCUGAAGUAUAUAGACCUCUUCACAACACACAUAUGUGGAUCAUUGCCUUUGAAAUUUUGAGAUUAUCCAUAAAGGCAAAUGUGUAGAAAUGUUCACUAGAAAGCCUCAAAUCACUCUAGUUUGUUUUUAAUAAUCUGGUUUUAUUUAAAGGGAUAGUUCACCCAAAAAUUUUUAGAAGAAUAUUUCAGCUCUGUAGGUCCAUACAAUGCAAGUGAAUGGUGACCAGAACUUUAAAGCUCCAAAAAGCACAUAAAGGCAGCAUAAAAGUAUUCCAUAAGACUCCAGUGGUUAAAUCCAUGUCUUCAAAAGAAACAGAUCAUUAUUAAGUUUUUUUUUUUUUUACUAUAAAUUCUCCUCCCUACUCAGUAUGAGGGUGAGUAAAUGAUGAGAGAAUUUUCAUUUUUGGUUGAACUAUCCCUUUAAUUAUUGUAUUAUUCCUUCCAUUAAUUAAGUGUAAUUUAUUCAUUCAUUUCAAUUGUUUGGAGGCCUUACCUGACUUUAAAAGUGGAGGGGUGGACAGACAACUGCUGCUUGUGGAUGGUUCUGGUUGAAACAUGUCUCAUUUUUUAAAACCGUGUUUAUAUUUAUUUUUAUCCCACUGUAUGUGUGAUAUUGUGUUUGUCAGAUAACUUGCAUCUUGUUCAUACAUCAUUCAGAAAAUGGAAUAUGCAAACAUUUCAUGUAUAGAAUAACGUGUCCUCAGAUUUUAAGAGAAUAUAGAGACUGAAAAUGGUAACUAUAUCAAAAGUGAAAAUAAUGUAACAAAAAUAAACUCAAGAAAUUAAUGUUUAACA